AUGUUUCCGGGACAGGGUAGAUAUACUUAUGGUGGUCAACGACCACCGAUGCAACAGCAGCAGCAGCCUUAUUAUAAUGCUCCGCCAGGGCCUCCGCCGUUUAACGGCGGUUAUUAUCCUCCUCCGCAGGGCGCACCGCCCCCAAAUCUGUGGGGCUAUGAAAGACCCAGUGGGCCGCCUCCAAGCUCGCAUAACUACAGUAAUGCCGGAGGAUAUCAAAGGCCAAGUAAUCCACCACCCCAGCAGCAGCAGCAGCAGCAGCAGUACGGUGCUAGGUCUGAGCCAGGGUAUAAUGGAGAGCCCGAUUAUGGUCAUCGAUAUGGAUCGGGAAAUUAUACACGCCCUCCAAGCCAGCAACAAUCGUUUGGGGUAGACAACUAUAACUACAGAUACUCAAACUGCAAUGGCCGCAAAAAGGCUCUCUUGGUGGGAAUCAACUAUAUAGGGACUUCGAAUGAGUUGAAAGGACCUAUAAACGACGUUAAUAACGUCGAGAACUUUUUAUUGAGACAUGGCUUCAGCUCAGACAAUAUAGUCAAGCUAACAGACAAUCAAAGAAUCCAAAGAGCUAUUCCAACGAGAAAGAACAUAUUGGAUGCAAUACAAUGGUUAGUCAAAGACGCAAAGCCUAAUGACUCGUUGUUCUUUCAUUUUUCAGGUCAUGGUGGUCAGACUGCAGAUCAGCCUGAUCAAUAUGGUAACUACGACGAAGAUGAUGGAUACGAUGAAGUUAUAUACCCGCUUGAUUUCGAGACUAAUGGCUUUAUAAUCGAUGAUUUGCUCCACGACAUGAUGAUCAAAACCUUACCACCUGGAUGUCGAUUAACUGCAUUGUUCGAUUCCUGCCAUUCGGGAUCAGUGUUGGACUUGCCAUACAUGUACUCAACAAAGGGUGUGUUGAAGGAACCAAAUGUGAUGGCCGAAGCAGGGCUGGGUUUAUUACAAGCUGCAAUGUCCUACGCCUCGGGAAACAGCGCGGGAAUUCUCAAAGGAUUGGGAUCUACAGUCAAGUCAUUCAUGAAUGAAGGCAGAGCUUCUAAAGCGGAGAAAGUUAGCAAACAGACCAAAACAGCGCCAUGUGAUGCAAUAUCAUUUAGUGGCUGUAAAGACAAUCAAACAAGUGCUGAUUCAAGAGAAAACGGACAAGCUAUAGGAGCAAUGAGCUAUGCAUUUUUGACGGUGAUGAAUCAGAAUCCUAAUCAGUCGUAUUUGAGUUUGUUGCAAAAUAUGAGGGCAAUUUUGCAAUCCAAGUAUAGUCAGAAGCCUCAACUAACUGCAUCCCAUCCAAUAGAUUGUAAUUUACAGUUUAUAUUUUAG